AUGUUUAAACUUCUUAGAGUGCUGGAUUUGGGAAAACUUUGUCUUGGUAGUUAUUUUCCAAGGGAAGUAGUAUUGCUUGUUCACCUGAGAUACUUGACCAUUCAGUGUUAUAUAAAUUCCAUCCCAUCGUCAAUAGCCAAUCUCUCAAGGUUAGAAACUUUUAUCAUCAAAGUGUAUGAUGGAAAUGUUGGAUUGCCUGAUACUAUUCGGAGCAUGAAGAAAUUGAGGCACCUAUAUGUGGAAGGUAUUCUUUCUCCAGUUGCUUUUAGUCUUUCAUCUGACGAUCUUGAAGUCUCCCAAGAUAUAUAUCAUUUUGAAACCUUUACCCUUGCUGUUGAUCCCUCACCUCAAAUUUUCCAAAAGACACUGACAAAGUUACCAAGCAUCCGCAGGCUAAAAUGCGUGGGGGGCAGAAGAUACUCUGCUGAGAGUUUCGACAGGAUUAUCAAGCUCGAUUUUUUGAGUCAACUAGAAUCACUCAAAGUGGUUAGCUUUCAGAGAGUUGAGUUUGCAUUCCCCCUAAACCUACGAAAACUAACACUCUCAAUCCUUGAUGGGCCGGGGUUGCUUGCCAGGUUUGAACAAAAUAAACUGCCAUGGAAUAAAAUAUCAGCAAUUGCAGAGCUGCCCAAUCUUGAAGUGCUCAAAUUAAGUGGAGCCUUUGUGGGGGAAACAUGGGAAAUGGGAGAAGGGGCAUUUCCUAAGCUCAGAUUCUUGAAGUUGGCAUACUUGGACAUUGUCAGGUGGACAGCCUCUUGUGAUGAUUUCCCCCCUCUUCAGAAACUGGUUUUGGAAGGUUGUUCUAAGCUGGAAGAAGUCCCUUCUUGUUUAGGGGAUAUUCCAACUAUUGAAGUGAUAGAGGUCAAAUGGUGUCACAAGUCUACCGCAAGCUUGGUUAAGCAAAUUCAAGAACAACAGAUGGAUAUGGGAAACGAGUGUCUAAAAAUAUUUAUUCAAGAAAAUUUUAAGAUUUGGGCAAUUUCUUGA